AUGCACGUAACUACAAAAAGUGCACGGGCUCUUCUCAAUAUGAUGAAGGCAAAUAAAUUGAUAAAAAUUUACUCUGCGUACGAUGUCUCAAGCAUAAUUGCCACGGAUCUUCUGAUAACGGUGUUGGAGAAGGAAUGUAUAAAAUAUGAAUUGACGGUUUGCGAGAUUGUCGAAAAGAGCACGGAGAGGGAGAAUGAUGUUUUACAUGUUUAUGUCGACUUAUAUCCGAGAAAGGAUCUCAGCGGCUUGUUCGUAGGACUAGCAGUCAGGAAAAAGUUUCUAAAAACGAACCGUAACGGGGGCAAUAAAACUCGCCUGGCUGAUGAAGAUGCACUAGAAAUUAGAAAGGAUAGGGUAGACUGUGACGAGGAGGUUGAAAAAAACGCUGGAAAGGGUGAAGGAAUUGAUCCAGAUAAAGAUCUGGGCGGUGAGUAUUCUUGUAAUACCUCUUUUCUUUCCUGUGAAUACAACGGAUGUAAAUGCAAUGAUGAUGCAUAUUCGAUUCUCACCUUGUAUUCGAUGGUAAAGAUGCUAAACCUUGUAGGAAACGAGACAUUAUGGCCGAUCUUGAUUUAUUUUUCAUAUUAUGAUGUGUUUUUUAGGAAUGGAGUUGAGUGCGAUGUGUGCAAUAGCAUUUUACUGGAGCUUAAGUACGAAUUAGAAAAAAAUGAGACCAACCAGGUGCUCGAUAGAAAUUACGGCGCACCUGACAAUAGCACCAACGCAACCAACGCUCUUCUUUACAAGCGUGACAUAAAUUUGCCGUACCUCUUCUCCACAAAUCUGUACUUGACACUGAACAACAACAUAACAUUCUUGGUACAGAAAAAGAUUUUUACCAAGGUAAAAUCAGAGGCAAAACUGAACGAAUUCCUUGCAAAAUCGGGUAUUUCCAUACAGACGGCCAAGGAAUCAUUUGUUAAUCUGUGUAAAAAGUACAAAGACUUGAUUUACCAAACACUGCCUCAGUCAUUCAUUUUUAUAAAGAAAUACGACAAUGACAUGAGAAUAACGGGCAUAGAGAGCUACUACUUGAUGCUUAGCUAUCUCUUUUACGGCAGACCGUAUUUCUGUAUUCAAUCCUUGCAUAAAAAGAAGUACACCGACUUGACCACUAUGUGCAAGGAAAGCAGCGAACACAACGGUGAGAAUUUGAAUGAUGAGGAGGAUUUUGAUGAAAAUGCAUGCCGUUCAGAACAAAGAGACGAAUAUCUGAACAAGAACCGAAAUAAAUCACAGGCAAACACCAAUUCAUACAAUUUCAAAGAGAAUAACGUGUAUUUUCUGCUGAUGCGCACCUUCAAAGAGAAUAUUAAAAAGAUCAAACAGGUGAAAAACAUCAAAAUACUCUUUCUGUGCACCAAUAUCACCAAUUUGGUGUUCAUAAAAGAACUUUACAAUGUUUUCGUUCUGUUCUUCAAUCUCUUGGGCAUCAGCAACAGAUUUAUAAUCUUGUUAGAAAAUUAUGACAAAGACAAGGCGUUGAUAUACGGCAAGAAGGAGAAAAAGCUGAGAAUCAGCGGUGAGAUUAUUGAUAACAAAGGAAUGGCGCUAUUGGUAGCGAAGAAGGAUGUCCGAUAUUUCAUAAAAAAAUGUCUGAAAAUGUAG